AUGCCGCUGCCCCCCGACCUAUCGCCUGUCUACUGGUCAGCAUGGACCCCAGUCCGUCCCGGUGCCUCUGUCCUCGAGUCUGUCCACCGCGAUCAGGGCGAAGAAUGGAUCGGCAGCUGGGACAACGUCGGGCUUUAUGAAGGCAACAACAAGGUUCCAAGCCAUCAGCUCCUGACCUUGCACCUUACAAAUCAACGCAUAAUCACCAUUCCAUCCUACGACAAUGCUGCUUCAGUCCUACCGCCCUCUCUACAAACACAUCUGUCCCAUGUCCGGCAGACAGAGUAUUACGCUGGAUUCAUGCGCUCCUCGGCAAAGAUCACUCUGACUCUGGGUAUACCUGCGCAGAAUCCUGCGACCUCUACAGAUGAGAACGAUGCCAAUAGCUGGUCAUGCCGUGUCUGUGGCUUUGCAAACGAGAGUAAUGGGAUCGCAAAAGUCAGCAAGUGUGGGUUAUGUGGCGUACCCUAUGCUCAAGCGAUUGCUUCAACCGAGCCCUCUAGAGCGGGAUCACCCUCGUCUUCAGGUCCGCUUCCGACAGAGCCUCAUAUCAAAGAGGACAAGGACACUGUCGCAUGUCCGGCUUGCACCUUUCUCAACUCGUCCCUGCUGCCCAACUGCGAGAUAUGUACGACCCCUCUCCCACGCGCCCUACCUUCGUCUACGCCUAGGGCUAAAAAUGUAGAGAAGGACCAGAUUAUACGGUUCAGUUUCCGAAAAGGUGGUGAUAAAGAUGCGUACAACAAGCUGAAGAGUAUUCUGGGCGAUAAGGCCUGGGAGCGAGCCUCGGGAGCUGGGAAUGUAGGAACUCCUCUGGGUCCAGAUGGAGAGCGCUCUGGUGCUGGUAUAUACGGUAUUCUACAGUCCAUCGACCUGAACGCCAAAGCUCAAGACUCUCACAUGCAACACGCCUUUGCAGACCUCGAAGCACUCAUGCUCCGGGCAGGGGAGAUGGUCAAGCUCGCCCAGUCCCUCAAUCAAAAGCUGUCGGCUCAACAAUCCGGUAAUGGCAGUGGGGCAACGGAAGAAGAAGCCACGAUGAUCAGGACGACGCUCGUGCAAUUGGGGUUGGAAGCACCGGCUUUGACAAAGGAGAUGGCCAAGACAAAGCUGGAUUAUCACGAGGGCCUUGCCAGGGAGCUUGGAGGACUUUUGACGGGGAGAGGAGAGUCUGGGUUAAUGGUCGGGGAGAAGGGAAGAGGAGUCAUUGGGCUGGAUGAAGUUUGGGGUUUAUGGAUGCGGGCGAGGGGUGUCGCUCUACUGCCACCGCAAACGCUAGUUGAUGUUCUACCCCAUCUGCCAAGUAACACCAAUCCCUCAAUUACAUCGCUCUCCCUUCCUUCAACCCUUCAUGUUCUCCACACCCCUUCCUUCUCCACCUCCUCCAUCCUCUUACGCACUUUGGAACGCCUGAACCCCGCACCCGAAGAUGCUGAGGGCGCCGGGUCCGAAGAAAAGUCCUUUUCCCUCAUCGAGUUUGCUUCUCAAGAGUCCUUGCCUAUAGGGCUAGCGCAGGAGUUUGUAGAGUUGAUGGAGUCGGAGGGCGGGCUGGCGAGGGAUGAUCAAGCUGGACAAGGUGAUGGUGGGGUGCGGUGGUAUAGGGAUAUAAUGGCGAGUCAGACUGCAUAG